AUGGCCUCAUACGACAGUGACUCGUCCGCUGACGAGGACCAGUACACGCAAACGAAUGUCCUCCUGGGUUAUGCGACCAAAGAACCCACCGAUGACCCGGUCAACCAGCUAGGCGGCCAUCCAACAUGGCUCGAUGGCACUACAGCCCCUUCCGGCGCGCUGGCAAAAUGCAAGGUCUGCAACGGACUCAUGUCUCUCCUCCUCCAGCUCAAUGGCGACAUGCCCGAACGCUUCCCUGGCCAUGAACGGCGGCUAUACCUCUUCGCUUGCCGGCGCAAGACGUGCAGACGAAAAGAUGGCAGUGUGAGAGGCAUACGGGGGACAAGAGUCGCCAAAGGACAGUCAAAAUCCAUCAAGAAGACAGACAAGACGCCAGCACCGCAGCAAUCCCCCCGAGAAGCUGAAGAGCCAAAGGCAGCAACCCAAAACAUUGGCGCAUCCCUAUUUGGCGUCGCCCCGUCCAGCGCCGCUUUUCCCUCCAGCAACCCCUUCUCCACCGGCACCUCCACAGCCAGUAACCCCUUCUCAUCUACCGCAACCACAUCCGCAUCCGCAAACCGCUUUUCGACCGCCUCCGCCCUCGCCGCCAAACCCGCCCAAAAGCCCGACCCCGCUGACACAUCCACUCUCCCCGAAACCUUUGCCCAAAAAGUCCGCUUAUCAUCCCCGCCCCCCACAACCCCACCACCCCAACAACCCUCACGCCCGCACGAGCCCUGGCCCCCCGAAUCCGCCUUCCCACCUCCCUACCCGACCUACAACCUCGACGCCGACUACGAAACGCUCGACGCCCCCUUUACACUCGCCAUCCCCGCCUCCGCACGCAUGGACCUCGACACCGAAGCCGGGAGCAGUGGUGGCGGAGGCGACGAGAAAGACGCCUUCGAGUCCAGCAUGGACAAGACGUUCCGGCGGUUCGCGGACCGCCUGGCCCAGAACCCCGAACAGGUGCUGCGGUAUGAGUGGGCGGGGCAGCCUUUGCUGUACAGCAAGACCGAUGCUGUCGGCAAACUACUGCUCUCUUUUACACAACAGCAAGAUAGGGCGGAGGGGAAGGUCAGGACUGCCAGGGGAACUGGAGGUGGGAGCGGCAUGCCGCGCUGUAAGAACUGUGGCGCUGAGAGGGUGUUUGAGGUGCAGCUUGUGCCGCAGGCGAUUGCGGAGCUCGAGGCUGAGGAGGUGGGCGUUGAGGGCAUGGAGUGGGGGACUGUGACUUUGGGGGUUUGUGGGAGGGACUGUUGUCCCGGGGAUGUGGAGGAGGGGGAGGCGGGGUAUUUGGAGGAGUGGGUGGGUGUGCAGUGGGAGUAA